CAACAAGGAAAGGGAAGGCUUGUGAGACACCUGUGAGGAAAAUACCAAGGGAGAGUAUAAAACCUCAGCAGCCAGGGCACACAAACCCACACACCUCACACCAACACUCACACUGCCCAGCCCAGCACCCACCAUGGCUGACACCUGCUGCACCAGGACGUAUGUGAUUUCUGCAUCCACCACGUCUGUCUGCUCCAAUGACCUGAGCUGUGUCAGCCGAGUCUCCUCCCCCAGCACUUGCACCGGCUCCUCAUGGCAGGUGGACAACUGCCAGGAAAGCUGCUGCGAGCCCCCCUGCUGCACCUCCAGCUGCUGUACCCCCAGCUGCUGUGCCCCAGCCUCCCGCCUGGCCCUGGUCUGUGCCCCAGUGAGCUGUGAGCUCAGCCCCUGCCAGUCAGGCUGCACCAGCUCCUGCACACCCUCAUGCUGCCAGCAGUCUAGCUGCCAGCAGGCUUGCUGCACCUCCUCCCCCUGUCAGCAGGCCUGCUGCAUGCCCAUCUGCUGCAAGCCUGGCUGCUACGUGCCUGUCUGCUCUGGGACUUCCACUUCAUGCUGCCGGCAGUCUAGCUGCCAGCCAGCUUGCUGCACCUCCUCCCCCUGUCAGCAGGCCUGCUGUGUGCCCGUCUGCUGCAAGCCUGUCUGCUGCAAGCUCAUCUGCUGCAAGUCUGUUGGCUGUGUGCCUGUCUGCUCUGACUCUUCCUCUUCAUGCUGCCAGCAGUCUAGCUGCCAGCUGGCUUGCUGCACUUCCUCCCCAUGCCAGCAGUCCUGCUGUGUGCCCAUCUGCUGCAAGCCCGUCUACUGUGUGCCUGUCUGCUCUGGGGCUUCCUCUUCAUGCUGCCAGCAGUCUAGCUGCCAGCCGGCUUGCUGCACCACCUCCUGCUGCAGACCCUCCUCCUCCGUGUCCCUGCUCUGCCGCCCCAUGUGCAGGACUGCCUGCUGCAUGCCUGUCCCCUCCUGCUGUGCCCCCACCUCCUGCCAGUUCAGCUGCUGCCGUCCGGCCUCCUGCAUGUCCCUCCUCUGCCGCCCCGUGUGCUCCCUCCCAGCCUGUUGA